AGCCUUUAACUCCAGCUUUUGCCUCAUGAAGUAACCAGCUGGCGCUGAGGAUAGCUGGAGCUUUCUCUGCAACAGAGAACAGGGAACAGAACAUAAAAUACCACCAGGUAUAGGGAACAGAUCAUUGGUCUAACGAAAGGGAAGAAAAAAGCCUUUUUUUUUUUUCUGUCUGAGAAGGUAUAUGUGGUCCUGUUGUAAUGCACGCACAGACCUCAGGUAAGUUCCUACUUUGUGCUCUGUCAUCAGCUUUCAGGGAAAGUACUGAUUUCAGGUUUUCCUACGUCAUUCACAUUUGACUUUUUUGAAGUUUUCCAUUAGUUACUCUGAGAACUGCACACUCUAUAUGGGUCCAUACACAAACAAUCAUAAAAAAAAAAAAUCAGCAGGUCUCAGAUAAAAUUCUCUCUCUUGACUACCUGAUUAUUGAGCUAAAUGAAGGCUUAAGCUAGAAUUUAAUAUCAAACUAAUGCGCUUGAACUAGCCUUCUGCUUCCAUCGUUACAAAGACACGUUAAGUAUUUAGAGCCACUCGUCUUCCCUGAGAAAUCUUUGAGUAAUUUGCAAAUGAAAAGUAAUUGAGGAUAAGAUGCUUGUUUUGAAGCAACAAAAGAAAAUCUAAUUGAAAAUCAGCUAUGACUUACAGAAAAAUUCAACCUUUUUGUUUUCUUCUUUUUUGUUCCUUCUGGAGUACAGGCGGUCCGCUCCCUGCUCCAAUGAAUCCGUGCUCACUGCCACAGUCUAUUCCUCUGGCAGAAGGGAUCUGCCGUACCAUAUCAGACAUGAAUGCAGAUCAAAUGAUGGUCACGCAGAAAACGUUAGUGGAGCAGUUAGUGAAAAGGUAUCCAGGCAUUGCAGUUCCCUCCCAGAAAAUCUUAUACAAUAUCCUUGGCGCUCUAAUUAAAGAAAGGAAGAUCUAUCAUACGGGAGCGGGAUAUUUUAUUGUUACCCCCAACACCUACUUUGUCACAAAUGAUGCCGCAGAAUACAAUAAAAGGGUCUGGCAGAAGGACAGUGAGGACGCAUACCAGGCAAACUGUGGGAGCUGUGCAGACCCAGUGAAAGAAAACAUUGCUACAGUAUCCCGUUGUCUCCCUGAUCAGAAUAUGCUCUGUGAGCAAAGACUUGGGCAGCUAAUGAACCAGGAGCCUAAGGGAGGAGGCAAGCAAGGCUGCAGUGAAGGGAAGCCUUUGAUUCAAACUCAGGUCAUCUCCUCAUCUGCUGAAAACCGUGCUUGGGACACCAUGAAAUCCCUGACAUCAGUGAAAGAGAAAUUGAAAUGUAGAAGAUUUGGCCUUGGCCUUUUCUGGAGAAGUACUUCUAAAAAAGAAAAACAUAAGGAGUACUCUACGUUUUCAGCCCAGUUUCCCCCCAGGGAGUGGCCAGUCAGAGAUGAAGAUGACUUAGAUAAUAUUCCACGUGAUGUUGAACAUGAAAUCAUCCGGUGUAUUAACCCUACUCUUACUGUUGAUAAUUUGAUUAAACACACAAGAUUAAUGCAAACGUUAGAGGAGAGGAAAAAAUAUACCACUAAGAGUACCUCGGCUGAAGUGUCAACACUAAGGCAAAAGUACCUUUCAAAGGAGUGUGUUCAAAAUACACAAAUUAGAACAGCAAAACACAGAAGGAAAACGAAGUCAAACAAAGAGAAGCAAAGCAGCAGAAACAUCAGGAAAUCUCAUGUGCCUGAGGCAACAUCCCAAAGUGAGAAGAAGCUGGAAGAGAAUGUUUCACUGCUUGUCACAAACCAACAGCCACCGGAUGCAGCAGUGGAAUCCCAGGUCAUAUAUAAAAAGCAAAUUAAGAACCCUUUUCAGGGUCUCUCAUGGAGACACAACUUUUAUGCAAAAGCAUACAAGGGUCGUAUUAACAGUCAGUGGAAGUCCAGGAGACGAAAGCAGGAAAGGGAUUUACAGAGGUUUACAAAGUCCUUGGACUCCCCCAGAGCCUUUGAAUAUGAAGCUGAACAACCACUUGCUGAAAUGCAGGCUGACAACACUAAGCAAAACAAAUUACCCCAAACUCAUAGGUUUCCCUUCCAAUUAAAGAAAAACAGUUUAAGUGAUAAUGUUAGUUACCCACACAGCAGUACUUUGCGAAUAGAUGAUAAACAUAAAUACUUUCUGGAGAGUAAUGUUUCUGAAGACAUCUAUAGAGGAACUGUGAAGAGAAAUCCUGGGGAUAUUCAAAAAUCCCCAGACUCCUACACUGAAGAUAAAAGUGUGCAUAAAGAGAAAGCUAAAUAUUUACUCAAUCCAAAAGGUGAAUGUUGCACCUACAAGGCUCACACUGUAUGUGAGUUGUUGGACCAAGCAGCAAACGAAUUUCAAAAUGUCCAUCUCUCAAAUUAUACAACCAGUGUUACAAGGGAAAGAGAAUUUGGUGUGAUAUACAGACAAAAGUCUGAUAAAAAGAAUGAACUUGUAUUUAAAUACGACUGUGCCAACUGUCCUGGAUCAACAAAGCCAGAAAGUGACAGAAUUACCAACAAAUGCCAUCUUCAGAACCAGAAAGCGCAUGAUGAUAGUGACAAGUGUAGUUUGUUGCAUCUGGAUGACAAUUUUGAAUGCAGUGAACCACAUCAGCUGCUUUCUUGCCGUGCAUUUUCAGGUACAAGAGACUGGAGUAAAGCUUUGCAAAAACUGGGGACUGCUCUAAAAAUCUCUAAGGUUAAUAUUUAUCCAAACCACUGUAAUAUAACUGUAAAUAGACAUGACUCUGGAGGGUAUGCAUAUAAGGGAAGUGCUGAUGUUGCAGAAUCAAUUUGCGGCUCAGAAAAGCAUCACAAGCCAGACCACACAGAAGACAGUUGUUUGUGCAGCCAGGUUCUUCCAGUGGUUACCAGAAAGGAAGAACAAACCAGCUUUACUGAAAACAUGAAGGAUUCAUCUAUAGAUUUCUGUGACACUAAGGAGGCUGAUGCUUUGCAGAACCGCACCUGUGAGAUGGCAGAAGUAGUGGCAUGCCACGCUCUGGGCCCACAAGCCAAAGAAACAAGAACCCCCCCAGGAAAAAUAGGUCUUGUUUUAAAGAAUGAAUAUACUGUGAUAUCAGGAGAGAAUCACACAGAAGGGGCAGAAAACCACAGCAUUACAGGAGACAGUGGAAUUGACUCUCCAAGAUGGACUGAAAAGAAGAUGAAGCUUCCUGCCAAAUUCUGACAGCAUCAGUAGCAAUGUAUAGAGAACAGAGUGGAAGGGCAGAAAGUUCCCUGCUCCAGCUAACUUUUUAAUGAGGUGUCAACUUUUUGACUCAAUCAAUGUAAUCAUCCUAUGACUGCACUUGGUGAGGUCUGGGGGCCGCCUGUAAAUCCUAGGCCUUUUGCUAACAUUUCGGAGGUGUCAAUAACAGAAAUAUGCGUGGAUUUUGUUUAUUUGUUUGUUUUUGCAUCUCCUCGUCUAAUAAAAAUGAGGGCUGGCACAGUGCAUUCGGGUCACCCAUGAGGAACUGCAUUUGACCUGAAAAUUCCUGAAGGCGUCUCCUUCUCGAGCCACGGGACCACCCGCAGGCGCUCCACCUCCUGUCAGAAAACGAAGCAGAGCGACUUGAUCGGCACGCUCCUUUUCACACCCCAACUCCUUCACGGCCGAGCCUUUCUCACUGCCCCGCAGUCCCGCUGAGCCGUGUGGGGGCAGCCGUGGCGGCGACAAGCUCCGCAAUGUGAGGGAAGGCGCGCCCCGCCGUGCGACCCCGCCUUUCUCACACGGAGGGAGAGCACGUCCUGCUGCGCCCCGGCUACUUUUGAUGCCUUAUUCCCGCCUUCUUUAUCUGCCCCCACACGAGUGCUUUACACACGCGCGAGUGCACGGCACAGCGCCAAACCACCCUCGCUGGCAGAGGCACGGCUACGCCAUCAUGGCGGCCGCCUCGUGGCCAGGGUGCGCACUGGGAUUCGUAGUCCGGGCCGAGCGGGGACCCCGGGGCACGCCGGGAUUUGUAGUCCGGCCGAGGGGCGGCCUCCUAUUGGCUGCGGGACAGCGGCAGUUCGCCGGGUACGGCACCGGUUUCCGGGGU